AUGAGCGCCAUAUUCAAGGCCCUGGGGACAGGCAGCGUGCCGUACCUGCCAAAGGUCCGUACCGUGCGGCAGCACAUCCGCCGCUUCCUGCCAGAGCUGCUGGCGCUGCUGCAGGAGUUUUGGGGCAGCAGCGUGCGCAUCACGCACUACUGCCUGCAGCUGCUGGCGGAGCUGGCCCUCUCCCUGAGGGACGACCUGCGGCCCCACGUGCCCGAGCUGCUGCCGCGCUUUGUGGGGCUGUUUGUGGAGGCGGAGAGGACGGGGGUGUUCGACAUGGUGCGGCCGGCGCUGGGGGCACUCGAGGCCCUAGGUGUGGCGCUGGAGGAGCACCUCCACCUGCUGCUGCCGGCCCUGAUGCGCCUGGUGUCGCCCGCAGUCAGCGUGACGCCGCUGGACGUGCGGCGCAGCGUGCUGCGGAGCCUCAAGAGGCUGCUGCCGCGCAUGAGGCUCGCCGGCUUUGGGUCGGCGCUGCUGCACCCCCUCAUCAAGCGUAAUGACAACUGA